CAGGCGUCGGCCCCACCCCUUUCUUUUCUCAUCCGUCGCCUGGAAGAUUUUGGUGCAAAUUCACAAUCCACGUAUUAUUUCUGCGAUUACUGAGGAGUCUCUGGAGUCUUCGGUGUAAACGUGCCACCGUUUUUUGAGUAGAUCAUCAAGAUGCUUCCCAACAAUCAAAUAAGCAGGAAAAGAAAAUCAGAUGCAGAAAACAAUGCAGAUCCACUGCACACUCACUUCUGGCCAUCGAGGAUGGGCGAAAGACUGAAGGACGAACUUACCCUGUACACCGAGGGCUAUUUUUAUGACUGCACAUUUGAAGUUGGCUGUAAAAUGUCUACAAAGGUCUUCAAAUGUCACAAAGUGACACUUGCUCGAGCGAGCCCUGUUCUUGGUCAAAUGCUGUAUGGCAACGAGUCCAAUGGCAAAGAUGAUCCCAUUCAGUUGAAACAUAUACAGCCUGAAGUAUUUGAUUUGGUCAUGAGAUACAUUUAUGGUGGCGAAACUGACUUCAAAGAUAUGAAAACUGCUUGCAAGAUCUACAUGAUUUCUCAUGAGUGGCUGAUGAAUGACUUGACAAAAGCUGCUGCAAAUUUUUUGCAGAAUCCAAGUCCUGAGGACGUCAUUACUGUGCAUGAAUUUUUUAAAUCGAUGAAUGACAACUCGUAUUGCAAAGCACUUCUUCAGAUUGUUGCCUCUAAAACAAGUGCUGUUUUGAAGUCCAACGCUUGGUUGAAAUCUUCUGCCUCUACAGUUUUGGAAAUCUUUCAAAUGGAUCAUCUUAAUGUUAAGUACGAGAUGGAGCUUUUUGAGGCUUUGUACUUGUGGGGAUCUGCUGGUGGUAUGAAGGAGAACGGGAUUGAGGCAGAAGAAAUCAAAGCUAAGACCGUCAAGGAUGCUCUUCAACUAAUCCGUUUCAUGACCAUGGAUGUAGUUGAAUUUGGAGAGCUGUGCAAAUCUGAGGGUGCCAAAAUGCUGACCGAAGACGAAAAGGUGAAAGUCUUCAUGAGCAUCAGCUUGGCUGAUCAAAAACUCUUGCCAGAAAAUUUUGCCUCUUCUCGAUUUUACCACAAAGUAGACCGAAACAACGUGUUGCUGCGUACCUUUGUCAAUACUACGGACAAAAUCGUUCAUAAGCAAGUGCUCUUAAACAGCAAAAGCAAGAAAUCGGUUUUCACAUUUGCAUGCAAGGAAAAUAGCUAUUACCUGGGAGGUGUUUCCCUGGAAUGCUUAAGCCACAAAUCUGAUGUUGAACUGAUUUGCUAUGUGACCUGUGCUCAUUCACCAAAGAUUCUCACUUCUUUUCACUUCAAAGGCGAGUAUGCAAUGUAUGAUUACAAGUGGCUCACUUUCCCACAUGAGGUACAUAUCAAGGCAAACGUCUUUUACACCAUUUCUGUUGAAUACCUUCAUAAAAAUCCUGUCAAAUCCUCCUCCUCAUCUCAUAGCUGCCAAACUUUGCAAUUGACGGAUAAUUUGCAAUUUUUCAUGCCCGAGACAAAUUUUUCUGUGGCUGACAUCAGUGGAUUCCUCUUGUAUGUGAGCCCAGAAUAAAUUGGAACAGUGACAGUUUCAAGACUACCUAGCAGAGAAAAGUGGCCAAAAUAAAAUUUGAUAUGAAUGAUUAUAAUUAUGCCUAAAAACAAUAAGGUUCUAAAUGCCUCGAGAAUAGUGUAAAUAAUUUUUUAAUAAAACUGCAAGAGGAUCAAAUAAAAUGUACAUGCACAUUA